AUGGGGCAGCCUAACCAGAGGCCAUGGACGGAUUUGGCGCCUGCAAACAUUGCUGUGAAGCUCAGCCCAGCUCAGCUCCUCUGCGUAUCCGGUACCGCGCCCGAACAGCGACAAUUUGCCCUGUCGCAGCGUGUGAGCGGGCCGCCGUGCAGAGCGCCGGCCGUGGCCACGCUUCUCCUAAAGAGGAAGACUGAGAAGCCCACAAUUGCAGCGUUGGACGGUAAGAUGAGAACUUGGCGGCCGCCAUUAGCGGAGAUUGGGACAGGGCGCCAUGCAGUCGCGAUUUACUGGCCUAACAGAUGCCACGGUGAGCGAUACUGUAUCGGCACGGUGCGCGAGCAUGGGACGGCGCUGGACGACACUGGACGACACUGGACGAUGCUGGAUGCAGCCCUGAAGAAGACACAGUCCCCCCCCCGGCGGCCCACUAAGAUGCCCGCAGCAACCGCAGCGUGUGAUGGAGAGCGGCAAUGCGACAGUGCCAGCAGCCGUGCGCGCACCGUUGCUGCUUGUUCCCCCACUAACGCCCAGCAGUCGCUAGAGCCGUUGGCUAAUCUCGACAAGCACUCCACCCACACCUGGAUCCCCCCAAAAACCUCCCCCAGCCGUCCCUGCACGCCGGACCAUCCCCGACCUGGCCCAGCCAAACCAUCACGUUUAAAGGCAAUCAUCUCGCUUGAGCCCUCACCUUCUUCGGCCGGUACGUCGUUGCCGUCGUCGCCUCGCCUCUGCAUCGUCCUCCUGAUCGCGACAGAAUCGCCCUCACGAACUGCCUCGGCGCUGACACCGGCUGUUUGCCGCCACGCAUCGCUGCUACGAGUAUUUGGCGCCACGGCCGCUCCUCGCCUCGUCUCUGCCCGACUUGCGACCAAAAAGCACGGGCGCCCAUCGUCGACUCCCUAA